UCGGAUCACUCUCGACAUCAUCAUCUUUCCCCGGAAAAAGAAAAAAAAGAAAAAAGCCAAGGCUGAAACGCCAUGAGGAAAGAGGGCGGAGGAGCUGUAACGACUACCGUAUCCCUCUCUCACAGCUGCUUUGAGAUGAAACCUUUCAUAGCAACCCUCGUCAUACUCACCCUCCUCAUUGCCCUCUACCAGUUUCCUCCCCCAGCAGCCACCACCCUCCUCGCUUCUCCUCACCACCCUCCUGAAAAGCUCUCCACGCCUCCUCAACGCCCCCAGCAGCUGAGAUCAACAACCCCAUCCGACCCCAACAAGCGUCUCUUCCAAGCCUACGGCAAUGCCGCUUCUCUCUUCGUCCAAAUGGGCGCUUACCGCGGCGGACCCUUCACCUUCGCCGUCAUCGGCCUCGCCUCCAAGCCCCUCCACGUCUUCGCCCGCCCUUGGUUCAAAUGCGAGUACAUUUCCAACAACCAUUCGACGAAAAGCCUGAAAGCCAAAUCCUAUAAAAUGCUACCCGAUUGGGGGUACGGCCGCGUCUACACCGUCGUCAUUGUCAAUUGCACCUUCUCCGAAAAGCCCAACGCCGACAACGCCGGCGGCAAGCUCGUCCUCUACGCCUACUACGGCGAGUCCCCGAAGCGCUACGAGAAGAUAGUUGCUUUGGAAGAAGCCCCCAAUUCCUAUGACGAGUCCAAGUUCAGGCCACCGUAUAAAUACGAGUAUUUGUACUGCGGGUCAUCUUUAUAUGGAAAUCUGAGUGCGGCGAGGAUAAGGGAGUGGAUGGCCUACCACGCGUAUUUCUUUGGACCCAGAUCGCAUUUCGUGUUCCACGAUGCAGGAGGGGUGGCGCCGGAUGUGCGGGCCGUGCUCGAGCCAUGGGUGCGGGCGGGGCGGGCGACGGUGCAGGACAUCAGGGCGCAAGCGGAAUACGAUGGGUAUUACUAUAAUCAGUUCCUGGUCGUAAAUGACUGCUUGCACCGCUACCGGUACGAGGCGAAUUGGACAUUCUAUUUCGAUGUGGAUGAGUAUAUCUAUUUGCCUGAUGGGAAUACAUUGGAAUCGGUUUUGAAUGAGUUUUCGGACUAUACCCAGUUCACGAUCGAGCAGAAUCCGAUGUCGAGCAAGCUCUGCAUUUCGGAUGACACACAGGACUAUUCCAAGCAAUGGGGGUUCGAGAAGCUGGUAUUUCGGGAAUCGCGUACCGGUAUACGCCGAGAUCGAAAAUACGCUAUACAGGCGAAGAAUGCAUACGCUACGGGAGUGCAUAUGUCGGAGAACGUGAUAGGGAAGACUCUCCACAAGACCGAGACAAAGAUCCGUUACUACCACUACCACAACUCCAUCUCCGUUACGGGCGAGCCGUGCCGGGUGUUCAUUCCUAAGCCUGCCCAGGACAACGUCACGUGGUUCGAGAAGCUUCCCUACGUCUACGACGGCAACAUGAAGGCCAUCGCCGAGACAGUGAAGAGGUUCGAGCAGCAGACGAUCGGAGACGUCCACGUGUAGCGCUACGAUAAGUAACCUCGUUGGUAUUCGUUGCUGGUCCCGGCGCUUUCUGCUCGUGUUAUGGUGGUUGGGGCGUCUCUGUCUAUAAAAUGAAAGGUUUUUCUGUAGGAGCCUUUGGUUUUUUAGUGGCUGGUGUUUGUACAAUGUUCGGAAUCCGGCCGCCGGAAUCUGACGCACGGUCAUCAGGUAUAACGAGGGAGAGGAAGGGAAAAUUUCCACUUGAUUUAUGUAAAGGUGUCGAUUUUACUUUUAUUCACAUUCCUUGGAUUCAUGUAAAGCGGUUUUGUGCCUAUUCCAUGUUACA